GUCAGCCUUUGUGUGGUAGAUCUCCUCACAUGAUGUUUCUUCUCUGAUUUGGAUGUUAAUUUUAAAGCUUAAACCUAGGGCUGCACGAUUUAGGGAAAAAAUCAAAUUGUGAUUUUUUUUUUUUUUUUUUUUUUUUUUUUUUUUUUUUUUUGCACAGCAUCAAAGAAAGACCAAGCAUAAUUACAAACUUAUCUUUGAACAUAAAUAAAUGAAUAAAACCGAACAGUUAAUACUUUUUAUCACUACUUUUUAUUUUAAAACAACAUUAACUUUGUGCCAAUUCUUUCCAAAUAAAGCUGUCAUGAUGCAAACAUCUGUCAUGACAAAAAAAUAACUACAACAUCUACAGUAAAGAUUAACUUGAAUAUAAAUCUUAAUCUUGCAUUUAAGAGCACUAACACACUGUAAAAUAAAAAAAAUGCUAGCAUGAUAUAACAAAUUAAUUGUUAGCGUGUUGCUAGCAUGUUUUAACAUUGCUAGCAAUUUAUAGCAUUUUUUUAACAUGUAGCAUGUUUCUAGCAUGUUUUAGCACAUUGCUAGCAUGUUUCUAACAUGAAUUCACUGCUGGAGUGUUAAUAUAUGCUGUAAUUAUAAAUACUUGUUAUUGUAAUCAAGUGGUUUUUAUCGGAAAUUGUACUUUAAGUAGUUUAAUAACUGUGUGCUUUUACUUAAGUACAUUUUAAGUUAUGUAACUUUUACUCCUCUAUUUUCCUUUCGUUUGUGGUCGUUACAUGCUUGUUUUAAUUUUAUUUUUAUCUAUCAACUGGUUGGCUAGGGAGAGAGUAAUCAGUCUCUUGAGUCCCGUCAAAUCAAAUAGUGCAUAGAAAACUUUAACCACAGCACAGUAGAUGGCGCCAACCCCUGUUAAUCAUGGUUGCUAUGGAUGCACAUCCGUCAAGCUUCAAUUCAAUGAAGAUACAAUUUCUCUAAUUUGAAGAAACAUGUUAAAGUAAAUUUUGGAUUUCUGUUUAUUAGAUGAUCUGUAUAUCUACAGGGCCUAAAAUAUGGCUCAAGGUUGUGGGUAUUACAUACAAUGUUAAUAACUCCUGCAAGUGCCAUGUUCAUAAUACAGGAAUUUCCACUCUUAUAUAUUUACUUGAACAUUAUUUAUUUACUUGAACAUUUGGAGGACCAAACGGAGGACCAAAUUCAGUAUGCACUUUUUUUUUUUUAAUUUCAGAAUGUACAACACAAGACAGGGAACAUCCAACAAUAUAAGACGCAUCCACCAGUAUGAACACAAAAUAAACAAAAAUAAACAUGUGAGAAAAAACAAAAAACACAAGAACAAGGCUCGAAAUUGCAACCAUUUUGGUCGCAUAUGCUCCCGAAAUUGAAUCUGUGUGACCUCAAAAUUUAUUUGGGAGCAUUUGUGCAAAUGAUUGUUGUGGUGUAACCUUUUACCUAGAGAUGCACUGGUCAACUGGCCAUAAAUCGGAAACAGUCGGUUUGUGCUCCAAACACAUGAUCGACAACCGGCCGGAUUUCAGUUUAAUUUUAGUUUAACUUGCACACAAACUGCAUUGCAAUAAUUUCCCGAAAUGUCAUUUGUGUGAAAAUAUUGCGAAGUCUGUUAACAGGACAUUAAGCAAUUAAACAAAGUCUUGAACAUCAGAGAAAUGUAAAUUUAAAUCACACUUAAAGAAGACAAUAGGAGGUAGUGUUGUCAAAAGUACCAGUACUUCAGUACCAAGUCGGUACUGAAAUUUUGAAAAUGUGAUGAUACAUGCAUUUCCGUAGUACCGGAAGUACCGAGAAUCCGGGUAUAUUCGGUACCCACUGAUAGGGCUGUGACCAGGGCUUAAAAAUGAAAAAAAAAAAAAAUUUAAUCGUUUCACUCCAAGCAGAAUCGGUAUUUUAACGUUUCUGUUCCAGCGUUCCUUCUGUAUUAUUAACGUUCCAAAACCGGUUUGUUUAGAAAAAAAUAACUGUUAAUAACGUUUUUUUUUUUUUUUUUGCAUGUAGCCUACUUAAUAAUAAUAAUAAUAAUAAUAAUAAUAAUACGUAGCCUACAGCUGUCACAGACCCGCCAGGCUCCAUCAUCACCCAAUCACAGCGCACUCCCUCACCAGAGUUCAGAACACGCACACCUGUCAUCAAUCAUCACCCCAAUCACCACAGAUACUAAAGGGCUCACACUCACCUCAGUCUUCGUCUGGUCUCAUUUGCAUAAGGACUCUUUCUAUGCUUACCUCAAGGACUCCCUCGAUACUCACCGUCUUCAUUCCAGCGUGUUUCCUGUUCCCUCCUGUGAUCUCGUCUCAGUGUGCUUCGCCGAUCUUCGUCUCUCCUCCUUCCAACACUCCAGUUAGCUACCAGCCACGAUCUUCACUCCUGCAAGACAAAGGACAGUAUCAACCUUCUCAUAUACUACAUUCUAACAUCACAUCUGCCAUUUACUCACCUGCACCACUGUCUGCCACUGCUGUCUGUCAAAUAAACAUCACUUACCUGUAUUCCGUUGUCUCCGACCCUUCUGUCCGUAACAGAAGACCGGACCAACACUUAGGACGACAGCAUGAGUGCAACAGAUCCAUUUCAGGAGCUCGUGGACGUUUUACGCCGAGCACUCACCUCCAAUCCACCUGCAUCUCCACCAGCGAUCACCUCUGCCAACACCACCGUCACUCCUUCCCAUCUGUUUACGCUAGUCCCAUGGCUAAACCAGCGCCCUUCUCUUGCUCGGCGGAGGAUUGCAACGGUUUCCUCCUGCAAUGUUCGCUGGUCCUGGAGAUGCAACCGCACUUGUACCCUGACGAUCACGCAAAGGUAGCCUUCAUUAUUUCCCAGCUGAAUGGCAGAGCACAUCAAUGGGCUGAAACUAUUUGGUCACAGAAUAGUCCGGUUACCCGAUCUCUCACCAGUUUCGUGACCCACUUCAAGGAAGUCUUCGGUAGACCCACCGGGGAUUCAUCUACUGGUGAGCAACUUUACCACUUGAAACAAGGUGCCAUGUCUGUUAACGAAUACGCUCUGAGGUUUAGGACUCUUGCAGCUGCUAGUGGAUGGAACGAGCAGUCGUUGUUGACUACCUACCAUCAAGGCCUGGAUCCACGAGUGCGGUUGCAUCUAGCUGCAUACGAGGAUUCCAUUGGGCUAGAACAUUUCAUCCAACUCUCCAUUCGGUUCGCCACUCGUAUGCAGUCGUGUUUAGAAGAACACCAGGGCCGGUCGCUAUUCACAUCAUCUCUCUGCCGGCCAGACUCCAUCAGCCCUCCAGAUCCAGCCAAUGAACCCAUGCAACUGGAAAAUAAUCGGCUGACUUUCGCUGAGCGGCAGAGGCGGCUGACCCGGGGGUUGUGUCUGUACUGUGGUGCCAAUGGGCAUGUCAUUUCUGCAUGCCCCACUCGUCCUUCUCGUCCCAUGGUGAGUGCCAUUCUUCCUCCCAUCAAUAAGAUGAAGCCUCUCACUACCAUUGUAAUGUUCCCCUAUCCACUUCCCCUCGUCCCAGCGGCUCUGGAGCACCUCCGCGGUGCCACUGUAUUCACCAAGUUGGACCUCCGCAGCGUGAGGGGGACGAGUGGAAGACAGCCUUCGUGACCCCUACUGGACACUACAAGUAUUGCGUGAUGCUGUAUGGCCUGGUAUGGCUCCGUAUUUCAGGACUUCAUCCGUGAGGUGCUCCGGGAGUUUCUUCACAAGUUCGUUCUGGUCUACAUCGAUGACAUCCUGAUUUACUCCUGGAGCAUGGCCAAACAUCGCCACCACGUUGCGGAGGUCCUGAAACGCCUGAGGGAGUUCCAUCUAUUUCUCAAGGCCGAAAAGUGUUCAUUCCAUCAACCCUCAGUGCAGUUCUUUGGCUACAACAUCAACAGCAGUGGCAUCCAGAUGGAUGAGGGGAAUGUCGAAGCCAUCAAGAACUGGCCUACUCCAUCCACCAUCAAAGAACUCUAGAGAUUCCUUGGAUUUGCGAACUUUUACAGAAGAUUCAUCCAGAACUACAGCUCCAUCGCGUAUCCUCUUACCAAUCUCCUCCGCAACAAGCCCAAGUCUCUGUCCUGGUCACCAGCUGCCACCGAAGCCUUUAACAUCUUAAAAGAAGCAUUCACCAGCGCACCGUUCCUCGUGCAUCCUGAUCCAGAGAAGCCCUUCAUAGUAGAAGUGAACGCAUCCACUACAGGAGUAGGAGUGAUGCUCUCGCAGCAGCAGGGGAAUCCAGCCAAACUCCAUCCAUGUGCCGCCUUCUCCCGCAAACUCAGCCCGGCGGAGAGAAAUUACGACAUUGGCAACAGGGAGCUUCUGGCCAUCAAGCUUGUCCUUGAAGAGUGGAGGCAUUGGCUGGAGGGUGCCCAGCACCCCUUUACUGUUCUCACUGAUCACAAAAACCUAGAGUACUUGAGAGAUGCUAAAAGACUGAACCAACGACAAGCACACUGGGCGUUAUUCUUCACACGAUUCCACUUUAGUAUUUCCGAUCGUCCAGGUCCCAAGAAUGUUAAGGCAGAUGCCUUAUCCUGUCUGUACACUCCAGAAGAAAGCAACGAAGUACCCGAACCCAUCCUGCCAGAAAAUAUUAUUGUGAGUCCCAUCAAAUGGUCUGAAACCACCAUUCCCUCCUCCAAUGCCUCCACCAACACUCUGCCGGGCUGUCCUAUAGGUUUACAGUACAUCAACAGAAUCCAGUGCACCCCACUCAUUCAUUCUUCCCACACUUUGCUGGGCACUGGCCACCCGGGGGCCAAUGAAACACUCUCGUUGCUGAAGGAGCGCUUCUGGUGGCCAAACAUGGCUAGGGAUGUGAGAAGGUACGUGCAGGGAUGCCAGGAAUGCGCCAUCUCGAAAAGCCCUCACCAUCUUCCCUCCGGCAAACUCCAUCCUCUGCCCGUUCCUAAUAGACCAUGGUCACACCUAGGAGUGGACUUUAUCACAGAUCUACCUGCUUCCAACAACUGUACCUGUAUCCUGGUGGUUAUCAACAGAUUCUCUAAUACCCUUAAAGGGUCUGCCCACUGCAAUGGAGACUGCAGAACUCAUGUUCAACCACAUCUUCAGAUAUUACGGAAUUCCAGAGGACAUUGUAUCAGACCGUGGACCCCAAUUCAUAUCCAGGGUGUGGAAGGCAUUCUUCGCUCUUCUAGGUGCGACCGUAAGCCUCUCCUCAGGUUACCAUCCUCAGUCGAACGGGCAGACGUAGAGGAAGAUCCAGGAGAUCGGACAAUUCCUCCGUUCUUUCUGCCAUGGCCACCAGGACUCUCGGAACCAGUUUCUGGGUUGGGCCGAGUACACACAGAACUCCCUGCGUCAACCCACCACUGGACUCGCUCCCUUCCAGUGCGUGCUCUGUUACCAACCCCUACUCUUCCCCUGGUCAGGGGAACCAUCGGAUGUACCAGCUGUCGACUACUGGUUCCGAGAGAGCAAGAGGGUCUGGGACGCAGCCCACCAUCAGCUACAACGAGCCUUGCACAGACGCAGGAUGACAGCCGACCUGAAACGUUCCCACACACCAGUCUAUCAACCAGGACAGAAGGUCUGGCUGUCAACCCGGGACAUCAGAAUGUGUCUGCCCUGCAAGAAGCUCAGUCCCAGAUUCAUUGGCCCCUUCACCAUCUCGAAGCAGAUCAACCCGGUCACUUAUCAGCUCAGGUUACCUGCACAAUACAAAAUUCACCCUACCUUCCAUGUCUCACUUCUCAAGCCUCACCACCCUUCUGUUUCCAUUUCCACAAAGCCUGGCGCAGCAGCUGGAAACCCCCCCCCCCCCCCCCUCUUAUCCUGGAGGAUGGAGCCGCCUAUCAGGUCAACGAGAUAUUGGACUCCUAGCGCCGUGGUGGUCUACUGGAGUACCUAGUGGACUGGGAAGGCUACGGUCCUGAGGAGCGCUCAUGGGUACCCAGAAACGACAUCCUUGAUCCCACUCUACUCGACGCUUUCCACACCUCUCAUCCAGACCAACCUGCUCCAUGUGGGAGAGGACGACCACCACGACGUGGAGCGGGCCGUGGAGGGGGAGGGGUACUGUCACAGACCCACCAGGCUCUAUCAUCACCCAAUCACCGCGCACUCCCUCACCAGAGUUCUGAACACGCACACCUGUCAUCAAUCAUCACCCCAAUCACCACAGAUACUAAAGGGCUCAUACUCACCUCAGUCUUCGUCCGGUCUCGUUUGCAUAAGGACUCUUUCUAUGCUUACCUCAAGGAUUUCCUCGAUACUCACCGUCUCCAUUCCAGCGUGUUUCCUGUUCCCUCCUGUGGUGUCGUCUCAGUGUGCUUCGCCGAUCUUCGUCUCUCCUCUUUCCAACACUCCAGUUAGCUACCAGCCACGAUCCUCACUCCUGCAAGACAAAAGACAGUAUCAACCUUCUCAUACUACAUUCUAACGUCACGUCUGCCAUUUACUCACCUGCAUCACUGUCUGCCACUGCUGUCUGUCAAAUAAACAUCACUUACCUGUAUUCUGUUGUCUCCGACCCUUCUGUCCAUAACACCAGCAUUUUAUUUAUUAAAAAACAGAGUAUUUGCCGUCUUAGCCAGUAGGCCUACAAUUAUCUUUUAUAACAAGAUUCUGUCCAAAUGUAAACCUAUUAACCCUCUUGGGUCCUGUUUUUUGGGGGACCUGGAGAAAUUUUGACAUGCCCUGACAUUUGUGCUUUUUUCAGUUGUUCAUAAACAUAUUAAUGACAAAAGUGUCAUUACACUGUAUUCAGCACAAACUAGGCUACACAAAUAUGUGAGGAACAUGUAUAUACAUGUUUGUGUUUUUGAAGGAAUAACGUUUAUGCGUGGUUAUUGAAAAAACAAAAAACUUAAGUCACCAAAAUAAGGCCAAAAAAAAUAUUAAAUCUGUGUUCACAAGACUUCUGGGUAUUGAAGGUUGUAGACUAGAGUUUUUGUUUCAAAAUAAUGUAAAAAAUUAUCCUACCUACUCGUAUAUAUAAAACGAUAUAUUGAUUUAGAUUUUGUAAGACACUUUUUGUCAAAAAAACACAGUAUGCGUGGAGGCGUGAAUCUUCAUGAAUAAUGCUGUGAUUCACACCUGAGAAGACAAAAGAUCCGCAUAAUGACCUGAAUUACCCGCAUAAUAAUGAGCUCUUUCAGUCAGGUGGGCUAUGUGAAAAAACCCUCUGUGAUCAUGCUGAUAACAGGAUUAAUGUCCACUCUUGACCAAAAUACAUGAUUUUUGUGAUCUCUUGCAUGCAUGUAUUAUUGCACAUCAUGUGAAGAAAAUUUUGUAUAGGCCUAUGUUAAAUUACAGUACCAGUCAAAAGAUUGAACGCAUUGCCAUUAUAAUAUUUUAGAAGAAGUCUCAAGUCUCUAACCAAAUAAUGGUUUUCUAUUUUAAUAUACUUUAAAAUAUAAUGUAUUUCUGUGAUGCAAAGCGUCUGAGCAUUCCUGCCUCUAUGGCAUUUCAUAUAGGCUUUUAUAUUUGUUAUAUUAUAUAGCCUAAAUGUUAAUGUGCAGUUGACAAACUAUACUUCAUUAAAAAGAUCUAAUAAGCUUCACAUUUUGACUCUUAAAAUCUUAUAUUGACCGUAAUUUCUUAAUAUGCUUAAAAGCAUGCACAUUUGGAGAAAUAUUGAUGGAUUCUCAUAUGUUUAUGUCAGUUUUCUAUACAGAGGAGUAAUAUUUAUUGUCAUCACUAUGAGCGCUGGAUACUGGAUACUGGAUUCAUACUUGCAGCCAGAGGUGGUAUCGCCGAAGUGGUAUCGCCGGCGAUACCUCCGAUUCCAGAGUGUUAAACGAAAGGAAAAACUAUCAACGAUUUAUAAAGGAUUUUUUCAAGAUAUUUUAAAAUGUUUGCUGCAUGGUUAAAAAUACCAACGCUAUUCCUGAGAGAAAAAAAGAUAUGUCGCGUAUAUGUCGCAUUUUAUUAUUAAAUUCAGAAAUAAUGUAAUUUAUCGGUAAAUAAAAUGUUUACAAAUAGCCUAGCCUAUAUAUAAUGUAAUUAUAAUGUUUGUAAACAUAAAUUAUGAACAAAACAGCCCUAUUUUAUUUUACCACAAAACCUCUAAAGUUAACAGCCUAUUCAGGCUAUACGUCAAGCCAAAACAAAUUUAAAAAAAAAUUAUCUUUUCUUUUUUAACGCCAUUCCAGCUUCUGUUGCUAUUUUCAAGGCGAGAAACAGGAUUUAUUUAUUAGAAAUAAAACUAAAUAAGAUGCUAAACUAAUUAAUUUAAAGUGAAUCUGAAGCCUACGUUUCUCAUUCGGCACUGUUUCCAUUUUCGAGACGAAUGCUAAACUAUUAUUUAUUAUGCAAGCUUUGUACUUCACUCGCAUUAUCGACAUCAUCCUUCACAUAACAGCACAGUCAGGUGGUGGUCACGGGUGGUAAACGGCAGAUUGUAGGCCUAUUGCAGAAUUGAAUUGAGCAGUGUAACGUUUUAUAUGUUUGUUUGGUUGAUUCUAUUUUAUUUUAAUUAUUUAACAGGCUGCGAUAUCAAGUAAGCAAUGCAAGAAUUUGUGUAUGCGCGCUUGAGGCGCCGGCGCGACCACUGGAAUUUUUUCCCCCCUCUAAGACAGUAAACUGUACUCCGUAAUUUAUGGCCAUACAGGUAAAAGCAAGACAUAGUUCAUACAUUUACAAAAGACACUUAAAUAGCAAAAACAAGCAGAAUGUCUGCUUCCUUUCCUAGAUCAUUGGAGUGCGCCACAAUGAACCACUUUUGUUUUGUUAAUCUGUAGACCUAAUUAUAUAGUGAAAUAUUGCGUAGCCUUUAGGCCUAAAUAUUCCCUUUUAUUGUAAAUGUGUUAUGUAGGCCUAUAGUUUUAUUCUGUUUUCUCCGUUCACAGAAGCGCUGCAUGUGCGUGAUGAGACGUUGUGUGAACUCAUGUUCUACAUAUCCUGCAAUUUCCGCUGGUUUGAAAACGCACAACAAGCUGCAUAUUAGCCUACUUGACAUUCAUUUUCACUUAAAUAUAGGCCUAACUAAUUCCAGGGCAUUGCCAUUGUGACUUACCUAACCUAUUGAUGACUUGACAGCUGUUCCUGAGCGCAUCAGCGCUCGCUUUUCACACACUUUGAAUGCGUCAGCGUCACAUUUGCAUAGGCUGUACUAUUUGAAUUCGUGAUUAGUUGACUGCCAAAUCAAAAUAUUAAAUAGAACGAAAAAAUAACGUUAUUAACCAGUUAAUGGUCAUUUCAAAUUAGUGUUUCUGUUCAGAACGAUUCAAUUUGAUUUUGUUUCCGUUUCUGGUUACGUUCCGGUCAAAAUUUCGCUCGUUUUGUUCCUUGAACCGGUUCAGAGCCCUGGCUGUGGCAGUAUUUACUUGAAUAUGACACGAGUGAAGCACAAAGCUUUAUUUACAGAAGAAAUAAUAGGUUAGCAAUUAAAUGUGACAUCGCAGCCGUGGAAACAUUUUAGUUCAUGCCGAAUGAGAGAGGUACGGGAGUCCAUAAAUUUAAGCUUUGUAUUCUGUUUUGCGAAUCGCGAUCUGGUCACCCGAUUAGCAGAGAAUUUAACAAUAUUCCAUUAGUUAUUCCACUGAACAUGGAAUCUCUGUUUCUUUUCCCAAAUCUUCACUUACAAAGAGAAUUGUAAACGUUUCUUUCGUUCGCAUUUAGGCCUGUUAUAGGCUAUUCGCAUUCUUUACUGUGGUAAAGUAGGAAAAACACCGUUGGACAGAAACCUUUUUGCUUGCACGUCAAUUUCUAUUUAACGCAGUUUGUGCUUGUUAUUAGACUUUAUAAGGCGCGUCAAAUUUAUUUGUAUAGCGCGUUUCACUUGCUGGUGAUUUUUUUUUUUUUUUUUUACUCUCGCUUUUUUCUGGCAGCGCAAAAUCAAACAUGGCCUGAAUGUCUUGCCCCCGCGGAGUAUAAAACUUGCUCUUCAGACCUUUUACAACAAGUGUCAGUUGCUUGUAAUAUCAGGAGAUAACAUGAAGAUAUUAUUAAAGAGAAAUGGUCUUUUUCCUGCUCGUGUCCCAUAUUCCUCUCAAAGAGCAGAGCGGUAGGCUAUAUGACGCAUCUUUGUGUGGAAAUAAAAAAACAAAUGUUUUUAAAUAAUAUUUAACUUUCUUAUUAUUUAAGUUACCAUUAUUUACCAAUAUUUAUUUCAUAGUUUUACAGGCUGUAGUGUGUUGUUUUACUGACGGAAUAGCUAAAAUAAACACGCACGUCUGUUACCCUUGUUGAAAAAAACAGUAUAUGCUGGUAAGGUAGGUUUUGAAACUGGUAUGCUGGUUUGAGCUGGUCCAUGCUGGUCCAGGACCAGCAUAGGACCAGCAUGGACCUGCAUAGGACCAGUACUUGACCAGCAUAAUCCAGCUCAAACCAGCAUACCAGCUUCAAAACCUACCUUAACCAGCAUAUGCUGUUUUUUAUUUUUUUUAUAUUUCAAAAUUUAUUUCAUUGAGGUAGCCUAUAUAUACACAAGUCAAGUCAAGUCACCUUUAUUUAUAUAGCGCUUUUUACAAUGUAGAUUGUGUCAAAGCAGCUUUACAUUGAUAACUGGUACAUUAUUUGGCUGCACAGCAGCUCUUAAAAGAAUAGUGUCAAUGCAGGCAGAUCAAAGCACUGUUGAAUAUCAAAAGUCAAGUCAAAUGUCAAGUGUCCCCAACUAAGCAAGCCAAAGGCGACAGCGGCAAGGAACCCAAACUCCAUCAGGUGGCAGACAAGUGGCAAAUAGGUGUUUAAAUGGAGAAAAAAAACCUUGGGAGAAACCAGGCUUAGUCGGGGGGCCAGUUCUCCUCUGGCCAACAGUGCUUUGUUACGAUUCAGGUAGCUAUCAUAAGUCAGACAGGAUCGCAACAUUCAAAGUAUUUAUUCCAGUUCCAUCCAAUUGAGGACUGUAUUCAUCACGGCCGUUGAGGAACUGUGUCGUGGCUGUCGUGUCGAUGAAGCCCUCAGAGUGGAUGAUCUAGUUGACUCAAUCUCUGCUGAUACUUCAGGGCUGCGUUGUGGUCGUGUCAAGGCACAGGUCCUUGGUCUCACCUGGAUACGGCCUGGAUCCGGUUGACUACGGUGAACCUCGGGAUAACCAGAAAGACUAAUAUUAGCGUAGAUGCCAUUCUUCUUCUGAUGUAACGAGUACAUCAGGUGUUAUAGGAAGUGUUCCCGGUUCCGGCUGACCUAAUUUAUGCAGCCUAAUAAUCCUUUAACAGAUUUGAAAAUAUAAAUUGGUAAUGUGUUAUGUGUAUGCCAGGUUAAAGAAAUGCGUUUUUAGUCUAGAUUUAAACUGACAGAGUGUGUCUGCUUCCCGAACAAUGCUAGGAAGAUUGUUCCAGAGUUUAGGUGCCAAAUAGGAGAAGGAUCUACCGCCUGCGGUUGAUUUUGAUAUUCUAGGUAUUAUCAGCUGGCCUGAAUUCUGAGAUCGCAAUAGACGUGAAGGACUAUAAUGAAUUAGGAGCUCGCUCAGGUACUGGGGAGCUAAACCAUUUAGUGCUUUGUAAGUAAUUAGCAAGAUUUUAAAAUCUAUACGAUGUUUAACAGGAAGCCAAUGCAGUGUUGACAGAACUGGGCUAAUAUGGUCAUACUUCCUAGUUCUAGUAAGAACUUUAGCUGCUGCAUUUUGUACGAGCUGUAGUUUAUUUAUCAGGCGAGCAGAACAACCACCCAGUAGAGCGUUACAGUAAUCUAGCCUUAAGGUCAUGAACGCAUGAACUAACUGUUCUGCAUUUGUCAUUGAGAGCAUAUGUCGUAGUUUAGAUAUAUUUUUAAGAUGGAAGAAUGCAGUUUUACAGAUGCAUUCUGUAAAACUGUGAGAACCCUAUUGUAAUUGCUCAGUCAAUUAUUCGUCUUCUCCGAAAUGAAUCGCAUUUUUGAGGGCCUAAACAUGCUCAAACUCAUGAAACUUUGCACAUGCGUCAGAAGUGGUGAAAAUGUAUGUCUGAUAUGGGUUUCAGAAUUAGGUGUGGCAAAAUGGCUCGAUAGCUCCACCUACAAAAUUUCGAUUGAGCACCCUUCGCUCAACGUUUCACGCACAAGUAAGAAAUUCGGUAGACACAUUUAACAGCCCAAUACCUACAAAAAAGUCCCUGGGUGCAAAAUCUGAAAACCCAACAGGAAGUGAGAUAUUUUGAAUUUUCUCUGUGAAAUUUGUGUUGUUGUUAUUAUUAUUAUUAUGGUUUUCCUUAGGAUUAUUAUUAUUAUUAUUAUUAUUAUUAUUAUUGCCCAAGCCACUGGCGCAGGGCCCUAUUGAUCCCCUAAGGAUUUUUUUUUUUUUUUUUUUUCCCCAAUCAUCCGGGAGUUUUGGGGGGCCUUAACAUGCUCAAAAACUCUUGAAAAUUGGCACACACAUUAAAAUCUGCGGCCAUUAGGACGCCACAGAGGCAAA